AGUAACUUCACAAACCUUCUCAAACUCAUAUAGACGAACUCAUCCCACUAAUUUAAUCGAUUCUUUUAUUUGCAUUUUUUGUACCCUCUAAGAUCGACAGCUUGCACGUCAAUAUUACAAAUGAUGAUGAUGGCCAGGGCUCCACUUCACAUAUCAGAUACGCUUCAGUGAAUGGGACUAAUAACGGACAUUAGUUGGACAACGUAUAUGCAACGAGCGAGCGAUCUCCUUGUGGCCAUCUCAUCGGGUGCUGAGGAGCACAAGGCAAGGAUUCUUGAUCUUGCAUUCUCCGCCACCGAAGAGCUCAGGCUAGUGGCUCAAGAACAAGACUCGUGGAUUUUCGACGUUGACAGUGGCUAUGAGACUCUUAAUCAAACAGAAUACAAGAGAAGAUUCGAACCACUUGAUCCAGCUCUGGAGGAGAUUUUUCGACUCAUAUCACAAGGGAAGCCGCGUGACCUCAAUGAGAACGUCGAGUGUCAGCCCGGCCACGUGAGCUUUGACGGUUCCCGGGCCAAUGGGGUGGUUUACAGAAGCCCUGUCUGCCUUGUGAGCAUGUUCAUGGAUGAGGAUAAAUGGACAUCAACAUUCUCAAAUAUAGUCUCAAAGGCCAUAAAUCUAGCAGCUUUAACCACAGGGGACAUGGAGAAUGCAAAUGGCUCUGUGCAAGUGAUGUAUGCAGAGUUUCACAUCUGCUCUCCUCUUAUCUCGCCUCGACAAGUGUACUUCGUAAGGCAGUCGAGGCGGAUAGAUAACGACACUUGGGUUGUCGCCGAUGUUUCCCUGGAAACUAUAUACCCGAAUCCAUUCCCAGCAUCCAAAAGAAAGCCAUCAGGCUGCCUGAUUCAAGCCCUCGGGGAUGGAGUAUCAAAGGUUACUUGGGUGGAACACACUUCGGAACGUGAGGGCCUAGCGCCCUCUAUGUUCAAGGCACUGCUGGAAUCAGGGGUGGCAUACAGCGCCAAGCGCUGGAUCUCGACCCUGGAGAGACAAUGCGAAAGAAUAGCAACUCUAGAGGCGCGAGGCGACUCUCUUGAUGACAGAGGUUCAGGAGCUGCUAGGAAUGGUCUAUUGAGAUUGGCAGGAGGAAUGACGAGAGAUUUUAAUUUGAAGAUUUUCUCAACUAUGGAAGGUGGAUGGAGUGGAGUGAACCUACCAGGAGUUGAUGGGAUCCUAAUCAAGAACUGGUUGAUCCUUGAUGACCUUCAACAGAUCCCUCCUCGAGUAGCCGUGUCGAUCGCGACAUCAGUCUGGCUACCUGUGAAACAAGAUCAAGUGUUCAACUUCCUAAGGAAUGAGCAAAAUAGAGCUAAGUGGGAUAUUCUAGCACAUGGUAUGGAAGUUGAAGAAGUCGUACGCAUUUCUUCACCUCGAAACUCCACAGACUCGAUCUCAGUCGUUUCCCAAUGCUCGAAGAGAGGUGUGAUCACGUACCUGCAAGAGAGCUACAACGACUCUGUGGCGUGCUACACAGGCUACGCUCCCGUAGAUGUCCGGACAAUGCACCACAUUCUGCAAGGAGGAACUGCAGAUUCUGUGGCAAUCUUGCCUUCAGGGUUCGUCGUUCUACCUGAUGGAUCUACGGACCAGAGCAGUAUCCUGACUGUCGCAUUUCAGAUCAUCGAUGAAGAACUAACAACACCGGAAGAACUGCCGGAAAGCUCACUGAUCACGGCGUGCACACUGAUCAGAGAUACAGUUUCUCUGAUCCAAACAGCCCUUCUACAGGAAUUGAAUUGGCCUCCAACUUCCUAAAGACUAAUGCUUUUGGCAUUACAUUUAAUAGAUUGGUUGUGUAUUGUUUGUAGGACUUUUGGAUGAUGAACUAGUGUCACACUUUAUCAUUAAUCAAUUU